GUUUGUGACGUCAUUGUAUUAUACGGGAAAAGGCAGAGAUGGCUGGAAUGACGGAGACUCUCAGUUUAGAAAGAGAUGUGUGCAGGGUGAUCGAGCUGCUGGACAGACUGCAGAGAAGCGGGGAGCUUCCUCCCCCGAAACUGCAAGCCCUACAGAGAGUCCUGCAGAGCAAGUUCUGCGCUGCUAUCAGAGAGGUGUAUGAGCAGCUCUACGAUACACUGGACAUUGUGGGUGGGCCUGAGGUUCGGGCCCAAGCUACUGCUAAGGCCACCGUGGCAGCCUUUGCUGCCAGUGAGGGUCACGCCCACCCCCGGGUUGUAGAACUGCCUAAAACAGAGGAAGGGCUGGGCUUCAACAUCAUGGGGGGCAAAGAGCAGAACUCCCCCAUCUACAUCUCUAGAGUCAUCCCUGGGGGGGUCGCAGACAGGCAGGGGGGACUCAAGAGGGGGGACCAACUCCUGUCUGUCAAUGGUGUGAGUGUAGAAGGGGAACACCAUGAGAAGGCAGUUGAGCUACUGAAGGCUGCCCAGGGCUCAGUGAAGCUGGUGGUACGCUACACACCGAAGGUGCUGGAGGAGAUGGAGGCCAGGUUUGAGAAGAUGAGGAGUGCCCGUAGACGCCAACAGCAUACCAGCUACUCGUCUUUGGAGUCUCGAGGCUAGCUGAUCCUGUCUUCAAUCAAAUUAGUAGCCCUGCCCACCCCAGCCAUCUGGUCCAAUUAAGAAGGCAGAUGAUAAGAUGUUGCAAAGAGAAGGAAAUUUAAGUGGCUGUGUUAGAUCUAGACUUUGUCGUCAGAUGUUACCCAAAUUAGACAUUGGUUUUAACACAGUUAUCAACAGAGCAGAAUAAUUAUAGAAAGCUGCCUAGCUCGUCCAAACUUACAUAAACGUAAAGCUGCGGAGUAUAUGCUGUUUAUCAGUGUUAAAAUGAAUGGAGCAGAAGUUGUUUUUGAUUGUUUGAGUUAAUG